AACACCAAAGUGUAUUGAAAUAUUACCAUUGUCCGACGCUUAUCAGCAAAGCUUCGUAUAAUUUUUCACUUGCAACCACUUAAUCUACUGCGAUACUAAUGUCCUCCAACGCCCAUUAUCCUUUCGCUCACCCAGGACCUCACCCCACACCGCACCCCACCCCUCCCUCUCCAUACCCCCCGGUGUCCUUCGCGUCCUUCGCUAAUGCAAUUGCCACGCCCCUGCGGCUGCACUUACGUGGCGCUAAUAUAGAAAAGUGAAGUGCCACCGACAACGUUGACGACAACAACAACAAGUACAACUGCAACGACAGCUACAACUACAACAACUGCAGCGGCAAUAACAGCAACAACUACAGCGACGAUGGCACUUGCAAAAAUGGGGCGUGUCGUCGCCCUGCUCGAGUCACUCUGCACUGCGAGAAAAGCAGCUGUCGUUUAGGUUUCAUCCAAUUUGUUACUAUUACUGAGACUGUAGCACGUUCAAACUCCCAGUUGUAUGAAUGAAUAUUAUUCGUUCAUUUUACAUUUGAAAUGCACGAAAUGCAGAGGCAUUUCUCGCAGUGCGCCCAGUAAGUGAGUGAGCUGCAGAACGCCCACUUUUUGCUGAGCCAGUGCGGCAAAUUCACUGCAGCAGCAUUGGGAAAAGUGGAAGUGGAAAGUGGGAACAGGAGCAUCGUCUCCAUGGCCACGGCGUCCAUCGUUUGUCCCACGUUCGACGUCUGCGAUGCUGCAAUACUGCGAGCUGGGCCAUUGGGUUGCCUCAAGUGGAUGGCGACCACUUCCCAGUUUCCUAGUAUCUGGCCACCACAAUCGACGUGCCACAACGGCUCGCAAUCCGAGAAUCCCAGAAUCGUUGGACUUGCUCCCGGGAGCAAAGAAGAUGGCGACGUGGGAGUGGCAGUGAAAUUGGGAGCGGGUAUUUGGGUCACCAUCCUCUUCCUCCUCUCCUCAACGGUGACUGCAAUUUUUUGGCAUGAUUCAUGACCGCACCAUGGCAAUGUCGUUCUCGUCGUCUACGCGCGACUUAACACACACAAAAAGUGCCACAGACACAUGCACCAUGCACUGCGCGAAAUAAAUGCCAAUGAGAGUCCAGUUUAAUAGCACGCUUUCAAAGAAAAAAUUAUAGAAAAAAUUCCUUAAGGCUUUAAUAACUUUAGCAAUAUAAUUUAAAGCCUCUUUAGUUGUUGCCAUAAGUAGAGAGGGAUUUUCUCAGUGUAUAAGCUCAAGUGUAGUCUGGGCAGAGACAGACGCUUGGAAGCCUGCGGCAUCCUUUGGUGUUUGGGUGCUUGCCACAUUGGUCGUCCAUUCAGCUUCGAAGGAGCACAGGAGCAAAGGAUAUACAGGAUGCGUGUAGAGGGUUGCUCAAACAGUGAAAACUCCCUGUCGCAGACGCCACUCAACGCACCUGCAUAGCUCGCCAUAGUUCGCCAGUUUAUGCCCAGAAUCCAAGGAUAUUCAUAUCAUUUGGUAAACUAGUUUUUAUUAAUUACGAGGCACUUGCAAUCGUUCUGUGUUAAAAAUGCAGCUUUUAAAUGUAUUUUAAAAGUAUUUUUAAUUGAAAUAACACUAGAAAUUCUUUUGUAGAAAAUUCGAUUUUAUCGAUAAACAAAUCUGCGAUUGAAGGUAAACUGCAACGCUUGCUUAACAGUUGGCGAUUAUCGAACUCUAUUCUCCGCUCGUUUAUCCUUUAUUUAUCGCUCGGUCUAUUGACUGAAAGUAUUGCAUUACCCAUCCUUUUCGCCACAUCUUCCCCUUCAAUCGCUUUAUAUCAUUUGCGAUUUAUUGAAAUUGCUUACAGCCAGCGGACUCGGGACUUUCCCAUUUUCCUCUUCUUUUCCUUUCUUUUCUUUUCCUUUCUUUUCUUUUCAUUUCAUUUCAUUUUUUUUCUGCCAUUUCUCUGUGCAGAUUUUGCAUCGUAAAUUCGCCACGUGCUGCCAUUGUCUGGAUAGCGAUUCUCCUUCUUGUGCAUUUUCCCUUUGGCUCCCAUUGUUAUUGAAAAUUGAUGAACACCCGCGUACUUAUAUUGCGGGAAUAUCGGUGGAGAUUAGCGGGUUUGCUUGGGGGCACGGGGAUUAGAGCGGGUCGGUGAAAGUGCACCGAGUGAAAGUGCUGGCAAAAUUAUUGCCGACUGCAUUUUCGGGCUGUAAGUCAAGCGAAAGUACAAAAACCGAAAGAACAAAUAUAUACGUUUUUUUUUUUGUUUUACAUACACUACGAAAUGGUUGGGAAAAUGCAGCUCCAUUUGCAUUUUGCUGUAGAAAUUUCCGACUUGCCUACUUGUCUCAUUCAAAUGCGAUCACAGUUUCAGGGUCAAAAUUUAAAUAGACUUUCGGGAAAUCGUGGAAAAGCCAGUGUGACAAAGGUAAGAGGCUCAGCAAAGUUUUCCAGAGAUUAUGGCCUCGGCUCAUGAUUAAUUCAUGCUAAGCGAUAUUGGUAGACUUUCCACUUUCCUUUUGCUGCUGGCAAACAUGAAGUUUUCCAGCAUCGAUAAAUAAUACGUUAGCUAAUAAAGUAAAUGAAAAGUUUAAUAUUAUGCACAACGAAGAAUUUAAUUAUAGCAAUCAGAAAACUUAAAUAAAUUUAUGUCUUUACAUUUGCAAAAAAAGCUAUUAAGCAUGAAAAAUUAAUUCAUUAAGAUGCGGAAGGAAUAGUUUGUAAUGUUAUUUGAGGUUCCUAAAAGUGGCUUAUAACUUUUGAAAAAUAUCAUGAAUAUUUUGUUAUUUUUAAAAAUAAUGCUCCUCAUUUUGUUAUAUUUUAAAUGCACAUCGAUUAGCAGAUUUGCUGUGACUAAAAAUAUGCAAGUUUCAUAGGAUUUACAAUAGGCUUUUGCAGGGCUAAGCUUUGGUUCUUGACCAAAAAGCCCGGUUUGACUGGCAAGUGAAAAGAUUGAUGCCUUCGAAACCGGAAGCUUGUAACAUUAUCGAUCGCAUGGCACAUCUCUGGUGCAACUUUGGACUUUGCUGUCCUGCCGUUCUGUUUGUAGCCCCGAUUUCACUGCUCCAACUGCAACUUGUGCCAGCGCAGAAAAGCCAUUGAAAAGUUUUCAGCUCGUAAGUACACUUGCCCUUUGCCACCAGCCAGCAACAUCGACAUCAGCCAGCCAGAAAACGGAAAACAGAAGCCAGAAGCCCGUAACCUCGGCACCUCGAAACCCCCUUUGAAACCCCCUUUGAAACACCCUUGGAUUCCCGUAAAUCCCAUCACCCAUCAGCUAUGUGUGUGUGUGUGUGUGUGUGUGUGGGCCUUAAUAAACUUUUCAAAUGCAUGAUUGAUGAUGUUUCCUUAGCUGCGCGGCAACAUGAAAGUUUUUGAUGGCAUUCUGUAAACGAGUCGCGUCCGCGAAUGCGUCGCUAAUUGUUGUUUUGCGAAAUGCGCCAAAUGUAAUUACACAAAUGAGAAUGCAAAGGGAGGGAGGGAGGGGCGGGGGGGUUAGCUGAAAUGGCCAAAUGGUUGCAAACCAAAAGUGUUGACAAAUUUUUGAUUAGAGAUUUUCGGGUAGCGGGUAACAAGUGGCGGGUUGAAUGGGAGUGAAAUGCUCAUUUAAUAGAUAAUGCACGUGAUUGAUGUCGCAUUUGGUUCGGUCCAACAAAGUGGAUGGGCAUCACACGAUGGUUGGGUAGAUGGAUGUGUAGAUAUGGUGGAUGCACCAUCAUCAUAUCCAAACGAGAUUGGAUUAGGGAUCGGCUAUAGAAUGUUACAUAGAAUACAGAAUGCCACGGAGACUGAUUACCGAGCGACAAACAAUGAGCAUCAUUUUGGGGCACACAAUCGUUUGUUUUGCGACACAAAGUUAAUUGGGAACUGGCAUGCAUGAGAUGUCAUUCGAUUUACAUCGAUCGCUUUCGAUUAUGUUCGUGAAUUAUGGUAAAUGAAUAAAACGAUGAAUGCGAUGUGGAUAGCUGCGUUUUGCGACUCCAGCCUUAUUUACACUUCUACAAAUAAAAGUUACAAUUAACGAAA